AUGAAUUUAAUCAUUUAGGUUAUUUCAUUUAAACCAUUGGACUGGUAUGACAAAAACAAAUACAAACAGUAGAAGUGUGAAGUUUANUCGAAAUACAAAUUUAUAAGAUGUUUAUUAUUAAGUUUAAUUAUUAAAUAGAAAUAAAUUUAAGAAAUAUUAACUAAAUAACAAGAACUAGAGAAAGUUUGUAAAAUAUUAAUUGAAUAAAAUAAUAAAAUAUUAUAAUGUAAUUAAUAACUACGAAAUCAAUUAGUUUAAGAAAGGUAACUAUGAGAAUUUAAAUAGAUUUAAUGGUUAAAAGAAGAUUUAGAAGUUAAAAGAUUAUUUUAUAGGACAAUAGCAAAUUUAAAGCCUUGAAGAAGAUCCUUUACAAGUAUUAAAAUUUAAUAAAGAAUUAGAAAAGAUAAUAUUCAGGGGUAUAUUAAGCUUUGGAAUCUGAUGUUGAAGAUUUGAUAGUAACAAAUAAAAAGAAAGUAAAGGAAGAUGAUACUGAUAGUACUAUCGAUAAAAUGGAAAACCUUUACUUAAAUCAACCUUUGAUGUUAACUAAUGCAGAAAAUCAAAACAUAUAGGAGACACAUGAUGAUGGAAUAAUUCACUUGUUGGAAGAUCAACAAUUGGAGGAUUUAUACUUUGAUUGA